AUGAUGAAGGGCGGUUUAGUUAUUCUUAAGGCUGUGAGGAAAAUUCUACAGAAAAUCCUUACAACAUCCAUUCAGUAUGAUUUUGGUGAGAAUAUCUCGGCCGAGGCCCCACCUGAAGAUGUAAAAGAAGGGCAUUUUGCUGUUUAUACAGUUAAUAAUGGUGAGUGUAGAAGGUUUGUAAUAGAACUGAGUUAUUUGGCUCACCCGGGUUUUCUUAAGCUAUUAGAGCAAGCUGAGGAGGAAUUCGGUUUCGAACAAACGGGCGUUCUUGCUAUUCCUUGCCCGUAUACGGACCUUCAAUCUAUCGUAGGAAGCAAAUGUGUAAUGGUUUGA